CCGGGGCGGGGCAGGACGGGCGGGAGCGGCGGCCGGGAAGGAGCCUCGGGGCCGGGUGGCAUGCGGUAGCCCCACCGACGUAGACCUCCGCGCCGUUCCUCCGCCACCUCCAUGGACGACAUCUUCACCCAGUGCCGGGAGGGCAACGCCGUGGCCGUCCGGCUGUGGCUGGACAACACGGAGAAUGACCUCAACCAGGGGGACGACCACGGAUUCUCCCCGCUGCACUGGGCCUGCCGGGAAGGCCGGGGGGCCGUGGUGGAGAUGCUGAUCAUGCGGGGGGCGCGGAUCAAUGUCAUGAACCGGGGGGACGACACCCCUCUGCACCUGGCCGCCAGCCACGGCCACCGCGACAUUGUCCAGAAGCUGCUGCAAUACAAGGCCGACAUCAACGCCGUCAACGAACACGGCAACGUCCCUCUGCACUAUGCCUGCUUCUGGGGUCAGGAUCAGGUGGCUGAGGACCUCGUGGCCAGCGGCGCCCUGGUCAGCGUCUGUAACAAGUAUGGGGAGAUGCCCGUGGACAAGGCCAAGGCUCCGCUCCGGGACAGCUUGCGAGAGCGAGCGGAGAAGCUGGGCCAGAAUCUGAGCAAGAUCCCGUACAAGGACACUUUCUGGAAGGGCACCACGCGUACCCGGCCUCGGAACGGAACCCUCAACAAGCACUCGGGCAUUGACUACAACCAGCUGAACUUCAUCACGCUCCUCAACAAAAACCACUCCGGAGAGCUGUGGAAAGGCCGCUGGCAGGGCAACGACGUCGUCAUCAAGAAGAUGCAGAUCCGCGACUGGACCACGAGGAAGAGCCGCGACUUCAAUGAGGAGUAUCCCCGGCUCAGAAUCUUCUCUCACCCUAACGUCCUGCCCGUGCUGGGCGCCUGCCUGGUCCCGUCCGAACCCCAGCCCGCCAUCAUCACCCACUGGAUGCCCUACGGCUCUCUCUACAACGUCCUGCACGAAGGCACCAACUUCGUGGUCGACCAGACCCAGGCGGUGAAGUUUGCCCUGGACAUGGCGCGGGGCAUGGCCUUUCUGCACACGCUGGAGCCUCUGAUCCCACGGCACGCGCUCAACAGCCGCAGCGUCAUGAUCGACGAGGACAUGACCGCCCGCAUCAGCAUGGCUGACGUCAAGUUCUCCUUCCAGUGCCCCGGCCGCAUGUACGCUCCGGCCUGGGUGGCCCCCGAGGCCCUGCAGAAGAAGCCCGAGGAGAUUAACCGCCGCUCGGCCGACAUGUGGAGCUUCGCCGUGCUGCUGUGGGAACUGGUGACGCGGGAGGUGCCCUUCGCCGAUCUUUCCAACAUGGAAAUCGGCAUGAAGGUGGCACUGGAGGGCUUGCGCCCCACCAUCCCGCCCGGCAUCUCGCCUCACGUUUGCAAGCUGAUGCGCAUCUGCAUGAACGAAGACCCGGCCAAGAGGCCCAAGUUCGAUAUGAUCGUGCCCAUCCUGGAGAAGAUGCAGGACAAAUAGCGGCUGCGGGGGGGGGGGGGGGGGGCGGCACCCCCCGGCCGCCCGCCCCUGCGCCCUCUGCUCCUCCCCGCCCCGUCACCUCCCGGAGAAGAGUCAGAACCGAGAGGUGCUAGGCCGGCCCGCGGGCGGCGGCCUGUCUUCUCUACAGCUACGGUACAGGCGGCUCCGCCCCCAGCCUCACCUCUCCCUUCCGCCGCCCCCAGCCCCCGCCCCACUGUGUUCGCGGGUGGGGGACUGCUAGCAGGAGCCCCUCAACCCACUCUGUCGGGCAGGCCCCCCCCCCCAUCC